ACCCAAAACAUUUGCACUGUUUUUGGACACAAUUUAAUGAAAUUAUUAUUUGAUUUACAAUUAAUUAAGUGAUUCAUUGACACCAAAGGGAAAGGGAUGUCGAAAGGGAGCCAACCGUUAGCGUUGAGUCGCGAGAGACGGACCAAUGCGGGCGCGAAGAUGUCUGAGUUGUUGGACAGGGAGGAAGUGGUCGACGACUUCUAUAAGACUACUUACGGCGGCUUUGAGGAGGAGGCCGAAGACAAUGACUACCAGUCGGAUGAGAGCGACUCCAACGAUGAGAUCGACUCCGACUUCAGUAUUGAUGAGAACGACGAGCCGUUGAGUGACGACAACGAAGAGGACGGGAAGAGACGGCGAACCAAAGCCAAGUCGGUCUAUAAGGAGCCGAAAGCCGCGGCACCUAAACGUGUGGCACCUGUCAAGACACCCACACCUAAGGCCGAGACGAGUGGUUCGAGCACUCGAAGCGGUGGCGCCCGUCGGUCCGCUCCUCCCACUGCCAGUCCGUUGUCGUCGCCAACGAAGUCGCGAAUAUCGCCGAAGAAGUGGUUCCGGGAGUCGACCCGAAAGAACGCGAGAGAGACGGAGCACAGGCUUCGUGUGGCGCGUAAGGAGUCGGAGAAGAGACGGCUGUCCGGCAGGAAUGUUGUGCCGCAAUACACACCACUCACUCAACACGAGAUGCUCAGGGAGUGCAAGAAGACUGAGGCCCUGAACCUCAAGUCACUCGAGAGGUAUCGGAAGUUGGAGUUAGAGAAGUCCAAGAAGAUUAAGUUGGUUAAGGAGGCGCCCAAAGGGCCGUACGUCAGGUACCAGUCGGUCGCUAUGCCUCUCAUCCAAGAGCUACCCGAACCCACAGCACAGGAGGCGCCCACUAAUGGACACACGAAUGGUGUCGAGCAAACUGUUGACGAGAAGCCGUCGUUGGCGCCGCCGAUGGAGUCGUCGUCCAAGUGUUCGCGAACUUUCAUCUCAUUCACGGACGAGAAGACAUACAAAGAGCACUUCCCUGAGCGCCGACAGCCGCAGCCCAAGCAGAAGUUGUUCUGUCCGAUCAGUCACCUCCCGGGGCGUUACUUCGAUCCGGUCACUCUGUUGCCCUACUCGUCGGCCGCCACCUUCCGGGCCAUUCGUGAGGCCUAUUACAAGCAGUUGGAACAGUUGGGCGAUCAGAGACAGCCAGAAGUGGCCAAAUGGGUUCAGUGGCGCAAACGGACGGCCGCUCACAGGCCUAACAUUCAGCCCAGAAUUAUAAGAAUUAUUAAAUGA